UUGUAGAUAAAUGGAAUGCUGUUAAAUUAGAUUGAAAAUAUUGGUCUGCUACUAAAUAUCCAUACCAUAUUCAAAAUUGCACUGUUCAGUAACUUACCAAAUAUUUUGUUAUAAAGAUAAUGCAGAUGGUCUUUAAUCCUCUCAAUUCCCCAUUAUUACAAAUUCUAUAAGAAAAUGAACCUGAAUUAAUUGAUUUCUUUUGAACUAUUUCUCUUCCAGGCUUUUUGAGAGAAGAACUUCAAGUUCAUGGAUCUUGGGAACCUCACUAGGAUAUCUGAAUUUGUCCUCUUGGGUCUCUCCCAAAUGUGGGAGUUGCAGAGUUUUCUGUUCCUGGUGUUUCUGUUUGUCUAUACUACUACAAUACUGGGCAACAUCCUCAUCAUGGUCACAGUAACCUUUGAUACCCGGCUUCACACUCCCAUGUAUAUCUUACUUCGAAAUCUGGUCUUUCUGGACCUGAGUUCUUCCUCAGUUACUGCCCCUAAGAUGCUGAUUGACUUUCUCUCAGAGACCAAGACCAUUUCCUACAAUGGCUGCAUGGCCCAGAUCUUCUUCUUCCAUUGCAUUGGAGGGGCUAACCUGUUUUUCCUCUCAGUGAUGGCCUAUGACCGCUACAUCGCCAUCUCCCGUCCCCUCCAUUAUGUCUCUAUCAUGAAUACACAAUUAUGCAUGGGACUGAUGGCGACUGCUUGGGCAGUGGGCUUUUUGCAUUCAUCUAUUCAGUUGAUUCUUCUCAUCCCAUUGCCAUUCUGUGGUCCCAACAUCAUAGAUAAUUUCUACUGUGACAUCCCCCAGGUUCUAAGACUAGCCUGUACUGACACCUCCCUCCUGGAGCUCCUCAUCAUCACUAACAGUGGGCUGCUGGUCAUUAUCUGGUUCAUCAUCCUGAUGGUCUCCUACACGAUCAUCCUAGUGAUGCUGGGAUCCCACUCAGGGGAGGGAAGGAGAAAGGCUGCCUCCACUUGUACCACCCACAUCAUUGUGGUGGCGCUGCAUUUUGUGCCCUGUAUCUACACAUAUGCCCGGCCCUUCACCACCUUCCCCACAGACAAAGUCAUUUCCAUCAGCUAUACAGUCAUGCCUCAUAUGCUGAACCCCAUGAUAUACACUCUACGAAACCAAGAAAUGAAGUCAGCUGUGAGACGGUUGUGGACCCGACACUCAAUGCCCAGAAGAGAUUGAUUAGUUAAUCAAUUAACAAAGAGAAUUUUUUGAGACUUCUCAUAGAACUCCGUCUCCCUCUAAUUUACCUUUAAUCAUUAAAGAGUUAGGAUGCAUAUGAAUAAGAAAACCAAGGGAUGUUGGUAUUCAAGUCAAUGAACAUUUAGUAAAACAUCUUAAAUGGGCAAAGCACUAUGUUAAGUGCAAGGAAUCAGAAGGAUAAAAAGUAAUUCCUCAAAAAAUUUACCCUCUCCUAGGGGUGGG